AGGCGGAAGGCACUUUGGGUCAGAGCGGCCUUGUGCCAAUGGCCAUGGAUCUCAACCAACACGCAAGUAGCACUCAGGAGCCUGAAGUUUGCUCUUCGUCGAAGCAACCGGUUGAUGACAUGAUUGGGGGCCGAGGCCGUUGUGGAGGCGAUGUUGAACCUGUUCUACGGGUUAGGAGGCUCCCGUGCACCGACCCCUAGACGAAGAGCCCGAGGUUCAUAUAUCCUCCAUGGUGAUUACUAUGAGAGCGACGACAGCGACGGCGACAACGAGGACAACAACAACGAAAGAGGUCAACAGUCUCCAGAGCUCGACGGGGCCGACAGGUCAAGGCGAUGCAGUGGGAGCGUUCCUAUUGAGGCCUUGCUCGACAAUGCCAAAUAUCGUCCUGCUCAGAGCACAGAGGACAGCGAGCGGCAUCAUGAUGGCGACGAGGAUGAGGGUGAGGCUUAUGGACAGCGUCGACGCAAACGACGUCGUUCCCAUGAGCCCUUGGCUAGCAUCAAGCGCCGUCGCUAUGGGCAUACCACUCGCCAACGCCCUACGAACACUACACGAUCGGUACUAAGUGAUCGGACGCCAGCACCUCGCACGCUCAGCCCGUCCUCGUCAUACACCACAUCAGACGAUUCAGAUACUGGGCAUGAUUUUACGACAUUUCAGGAAUGGCAACUUGACAACGUCAUACUGAAGCGGGUUGUUCUCCAUGGUGUAGCCACCUUUCAGUUACAGUUCGACUGGGACAUGUGUUCGAAGCAUGACAACGCGGACGAUGCUAUUCAUGACAAGCGCCGCCGAACAUUUGCAGGCUCGACCGGCCGAGUAAAUCGCAGCGAAGGUGCAAAAGCCAAGUUCACACCGGAAGAAGAUAGUUUCCUCCUUAAAUUGAAGGAGGGCGAAGACGGCCAGUCAUCUCAACAGCUCACCUGGUCAGAGAUUUAUCGGCGGUUCAACGCGAGAUUUCCGGGUCGACGAUCAUGUGGUUCUCUUCAAGUGCAUUACUGUACGAAGUUGAAGGGCCGAGAGGAGCCUUAGCACAUUGUUGGCAGUAUUAUAAUUUAUACAUUUGUUGGACUUUUACUAUCUUGGUUACGUGUUUUGUGAUUUUGCAGCUAAUGACCGAAAACUUAAUGGUAACAAAACAACUGAUCCUAUCAGUUCAAAGCCC